AUGAGUGCCAACGGGCCAGCCAACGCCCCUGCGGCCCCGGCUGCAACCCCAGUUGCCCCGCUGGUGCCCAGUCCGGGAGCCGCCCCUCCGGCUGCCCCGGUCCCGGUGCCGACCGUCCCGGUGGGCGCAUUGGCACAGAAGAAGCGGGCACAGUACGCCAAAAGCAAGAAGCAGGGGAGCAACGCCAACACCAGGCCAGCCAGGGCCCUGUUCUGCCUCAAACUCAACAAUCCCAUACGAAGAGCCUGCAUCAGCCUGGUAGAGUGGAAGCCAUUUGAUAUCUUUAUAUUAAUAGCUAUUUUUGCCAACUGUAUGGCCUUAGCUGUGUACAUCCCCUUCCCUCAGGAUGACUCCAACUCCACCAACCAUGACCUGGAAACGGUAGAACAUGUCUUCCUCGUCAUUUUCACUAUCGAAACCUUUCUGAAGAUUAUCGCCUACGGUUUAGUGGCACACCAGAACGCGUAUGUGAGAAACGGAUGGAACAUGCUGGAUUUUGUCAUCGUCGUUGUCGGGCUGUUCAGUGUUGUCCUGGAGCUUUUGACCAAAGACUCUGUUGAGACGAAGGAGGAAGCGGAGGCGGGCGCGGCGGCGGCCGCGGCGGCGGCAGCGCUCCACCCCUCCGCCCACGGCCACGGGGGAAAGUCGGGCGGCUUCGACGUCAAAGCCCUCCGGGCCUUCCGUGUGCUGCGACCCCUACGCCUGGUCUCAGGAGUGCCCAGUUUACAGGUGGUGUUGAACUCCAUUAUUAAAGCCAUGGUCCCUCUCCUCCACAUCGCCCUGCUGGUCCUGUUUGUCAUCAUCAUCUACGCCAUCAUCGGCCUUGAGCUCUUCAUUGGCAAAAUGCACGCUACCUGCUUCUUCCCCAGCACAGGCAUGAUAGCGGAGGACGAGCCGGCUCCAUGUGCGAUCUCAGGGCACGGGCGCCAGUGUCCCAUCAAUGGCACCGAGUGCAGGGAGGGCUGGCACGGCCCCAACGACGGCAUCACCAACUUUGACAACUUCCUGUUCGCCAUGCUGACCGUGUUCCAGUGUAUCACCAUGGAAGGCUGGACGGACGUGCUCUACUGGAUGAACGAUGCUAUGGGUCUAGAGCUUCCAUGGGUCUACUUUGUAUCUCUGGUCAUCUUCGGCUCCUUCUUUGUUCUAAACCUGGUUCUGGGAGUGUUGAGCGGAGAGUUCUCCAAGGAGAGAGAGAAGGCCAAGGCUCGUGGAGACUUUCAGAAACUGAGAGAGAAGCAACAGCUGGAGGAGGACCUCAAGGGCUACCUGGACUGGAUCACUCAGGCCGAGGACAUCGACCCGGAGAACGAGGACGAGGAGGGCUAUGAGGAGGGCAAACGCAACCUGAGUAUACCAGCCAGUGAGACAGAGUCGGUGAACACAGAGAACGUGGCCGAGGAUGAGGCGAAGACACCGUGCUGCGGACCUUUUUGUCAAAAAAUUUCAAAAUCAAAGUUCAGUCGGCGCUGGCGUCGCUGGAACAGGUUCUGCCGCAGAAAGUGCCGGGUGGCGGUGAAAUCGGUGCCUUUCUAUUGGCUGGUGAUCAUCCUGGUGUUUCUCAACACGCUCACAAUCUCCUCCGAGCACUACAACCAGCCUGACUGGCUCACACAAGUACAGGACGUGGCAAACAAGGUUCUGCUGGGCAUGUUUACGUGUGAGAUGAUGACCAAGAUGUACAGUCUGGGCCUGCAGGCCUACUUUGUGUCCCUGUUCAACCGAUUUGACUGCUUCGUGGUGUGUGGAGGCAUCACCGAGACCAUCCUGGUGGAGCUGGCCAUCAUGUCUCCUCUGGGCAUCUCCGUGUUCCGCUGUGUCCGCUUGCUCAGGAUCUUCAAGGUCACACGUCACUGGCAGUCUCUCAGUAACUUGGUGGCGUCGCUGCUCAACUCCAUGAAGUCCAUCGCCUCUCUGCUGCUCCUGCUCUUCCUCUUCAUCAUCAUCUUCUCCCUGCUGGGCAUGCAGGUGUUCGGGGGCAAGUUCAACUUCGACGAGACGCAGACCAAGAGGAGCACCUUCGAUAACUUCCCCCAGGCACUGCUCACUGUGUUUCAGAUCCUGACAGGUGAAGACUGGAACGCCGUGAUGUAUGACGGCAUCAUGGCGUACGGCGGCCCUUCUUCCUCGGGGAUGAUCGUCUCCUUCUACUUCAUUAUCCUCUUCAUCUGCGGAAACUACAUCCUGCUGAACGUCUUCUUGGCUAUCGCUGUGGACAACCUGGCAGACGCAGAGUCUCUCAACGCUCCAGGAGACAAAAAGGACGAGAAAAAGGAAGAGGUAAAACUCCACCCCAGACAUAUUGCACCAGUGGAGGAGGAAGAGGAGAAUGCUGCAGAGGAGGAGGAGGAGCCAGAGGUUCCAGCAGGGCCACGCCCAGCCAUCUCUGAGCUGGUCAAGAAGGAGAAGAUCACCCCCAUCCCUGACGGCAGCGCUUUCUUCAUCUUCAGCAAGACCAACCCGAUCCGGGUGGGAUGUCAUAGACUCAUCAACCACCACAUCUUCACCAACCUCAUCCUGGUCUUCAUCAUGCUCAGCUCGGUCUCCCUCGCUGCAGAGGACCCCAUACGCAACUUCUCCGCACGCAACAUCGUCCUAGGCUAUGCAGAUUACGUCUUCACUAGCAUGUUUACAUUUGAGAUCAUGUUGAAGAUGACCACAUACGGAGCGUUCCUCCAUAAAGGGGCGUUCUGUAGGAACACCUUCAACCUGUUGGAUCUGCUGGUGGUGGGGGUCUCCCUAGUCUCCUUCUGCAUCCAGUCCUCCGCCAUCUCAGUGGUGAAGAUUCUGAGAGUCCUGCGAGUGCUCAGGCCCCUGAGGGCCAUCAACCGAGCCAAGGGCCUCAAGCACGUGGUCCAGUGUGUGUUCGUGGCCAUCCGGACCAUCGGUAACAUCAUGAUCGUCACCACGCUGCUGCAGUUCAUGUUCGCCUGCAUAGGAGUGCAGCUGUUCAAGGGGAAGUUUUACCGCUGCACGGACGAAGCCAAGUCUGGCCCCGACGAUUGCAAGGGCACCUACAUCCUUUAUAAGGACGGGGACGUGAACCAGCCGUUCCUCCAUAAGAGAGUGUGGCACAACAGCGAGUUCAACUUUGACAACGUGCUCAUGGCCAUGAUGGCUCUGUUCACUGUGUCUACCUUCGAGGGCUGGCCUUCGUUGCUCUACAAGGCCAUAGACUCGAACAGGGAGAACCUGGGUCCCAUCUACAACUACCGCAUCGAGAUCUCCAUCUUCUUCAUCAUCUACAUCAUCAUCAUCGCCUUCUUCAUGAUGAACAUCUUCGUGGGUUUCGUCAUCGUUACGUUUCAGGAGCAGGGAGAGAAAGAGUACAAGAACUGUGAGCUGGAUAAGAACCAGCGUCAGUGUGUGGAGUAUGCCCUGAAGGCCCAUCCGUUGAGGAGGUACAUCCCUAAGAACCCCUACCAGUAUAAGUUCUGGUACGUGGUCAACUCCACCGGGUUUGAGUACAUCAUGUUCGUCCUCAUCAUGCUCAACACACUCUGCCUGGCUGUGCAGCACUAUGGCCAGUCUGCGACAUUUAACUAUGUGAUGGACAUCCUCAACAUGGUCUUCACUGCUGUUUUCACUGCGGAGAUGGUGCUCAAACUCAUCGCCUUCAAACCCAGGCACUAUUUCACUGAUGCGUGGAACACGUUUGAUGCCUUAAUUGUAGUUGGUAGCGUCGUUGAUAUUGCUAUCACUGAAGUGAAUCCAACGGAGGCUCCUCAGGUGGAUGAGUCGGGGAACACGGAGGACAACGCUCGCAUCUCCAUCACCUUCUUCCGCCUCUUCCGAGUCAUGCGAUUGGUCAAACUGCUGAGCAGAGGGGAGGGGAUCCGCACCCUCCUGUGGACCUUCAUCAAGUCUUUCCAGGCUCUGCCAUAUGUUGCCCUUCUGAUCGCCAUGCUCUUCUUCAUCUAUGCAGUCAUUGGCAUGCAGGUGUUUGGGAAGAUAGCCAUGGUGGACGGCACCCACAUCAACCGGAACAACAACUUCCAGACCUUCCCUCAGGCCGUGUUGCUGCUCUUCAGGUGUGCCACGGGCGAGGCGUGGCAGGAGAUCAUGUUGUCGUGUAUUUCGGGAAAGCUGUGUGACCCAGAGUCGGACUACAACCCUGGGGAGGAGAUGACCUGUGGCGCCAGCUUCGCCUACAUCUACUUCAUCAGCUUCUACAUGCUCUGUGCCUUCCUGAUUAUCAAUUUGUUUGUGGCGGUCAUCAUGGACAACUUUGACUACCUUACUCGCGAUUGGUCCAUCCUGGGUCCUCACCACUUGGACGAGUUCAAGAGGAUCUGGUCUGAGUACGACCCAGAGGCCAAGGGCAGGAUUAAACAUCUGGACGUGGUCACUCUGCUCCGACGCAUCCAGCCUCCACUGGGCUUCGGCAAACUCUGCCCUCAUAGAGUGGCCUGCAAGAGACUGGUGGCCAUGAACAUGCCUCUAAACAGCGACGGCACCGUCAUGUUCAAUGCGACGCUGUUUGCGUUAGUACGCACCGCCCUGAAGAUCAAAACAGACGGUAAUCUGGAGCAGGCCAACGAGGAGCUGAGAGCCGUCAUCAAGAAGAUCUGGAAGAGGACCAGCAUGAAACUGCUGGAUCAAGUGGUGCCCCCUGCUGGUGAUGAUGAGGUAACCGUGGGGAAGUUCUAUGCCACCUUCCUGAUACAGGACUACUUUAGGAAAUUCAAGAAACGUAAAGAGGAGGGCCUGGUGGGGGUGCACGCCUCCCAGAACAACACAGCCAUCGCUCUACAGGCUGGCCUUCGCACGCUACAUGAUAUUGGGCCCGAAAUUCGACGAGCGAUAUCAUGUGACCUGCAAGAUGAGGAGCUAGUAGACUUUAUUCCAGAGGAGGACGAGGAGAUUUAUAGGCGCAAUGGUGGCCUGUUCGGUAACCACAUCAACCAUGUGAACGGGGACCACCACCGGCGCUCGUCAGGGCAACAGACCAACGCCACCCAGCGGCCCCUGCAGGUGCAGCCGCCUCCGCACUAUGCCCACAUGGAGCAGCCGGUGGGGCGUCUCUGCCGGGCCAACGUCAUGUCCCACCCGCACCCCAAUCACCACCACCACAACUCCUCGUACGGCAAGUCGCCCAAGUCCACCAACGUCAACCUGAACAACGCCAACGUGUCCAGUCUGCCCAACGGAGGAGGACACCACCACCGUUACUAUGAGUACACUCCGCCCCCCGCCAACGGUUACCCGGGACACCGCGGUGGCCUCUACUACACCGACUUCGACAAGCCGCCACCUCGCGGCACGCCGCAGGGACAAAGGCGCUACUAUGAGACCUAUGUUAGGUCCCACCGGGGAGACGCCCGCCUUCCCACCAUCCGGCGGGAGGAGUUUGAGGAUGACAGGUACUCGGGAGAGUACUACAGCGGGGAGGAGUUCUACGAGGACGACAGCAUGUUGUCAGGAGACAGGUACCAGAACAGUGACACGGAGUACGAGACGCCGAGAGGCUACCAUCACCCCAACAGUUACUACAACGACGACGAGCAACCCCUCUACCAAGACGGAAGGAGGUCGCCUAAGAGACGGAUGCUUCCUGCCACGCCCCAAGGUCACAGGAGGCCCUCCUUCAACUUUGAGUGUCUGAGAAGGCAAGGCAGUCAGGACGAGCUGCCACACCAACGCACUGCUCUACCACUGCACCUAAUGCAGCACCAGGUGAUGGCUGUAGCAGGGCUGGACUCCAGCAGAGCCCACCAUCUCUCCUCCACCCGCUCCUGGACCAAUCCCCCCGCCACUCCAGCCAGUAAGGAGCAGUCGCCCUGCUACACGCCCCUCAUCCGGGUGGAUCACCCCGGACGCAGUGGCGUCAGCAGCCAGGUGCCUCUGAGGAAGAGCUCUUGGUACACAGACGACCCAGAGUACUCCCAGGGGAUCUAUUCCCCCGUCCACCUCCAGGUGGCCCCGGAGUACCACCAGCAGCGCCAUCAGAAGAGCGCCACCUCCUUGGUGGAGGCGGUGUUGAUAUCAGAGGGUCUCGGGAGAUACGCCAUGGAUCCAAAGUUUGUGGCCGCCACCAAGCACGAGAUAGCGGACGCGUGCGAGAUGACCAUCGACGAGAUGGAGAGCGCGGCCAGCCACCUGCUGAGCGCUGGCGUGGUGCCGGCGGUUAACGGGGUCAACGUGUACCCCGUCAUGAGCGAGCGGGACUACGACCUUCAAGACGCCACGGCCCGUUAUAGUGACGAGGAGCCGGAGGUGGAGCUUAGAGUGGUGUACGAGGAGGACCUGGCAGGCGAGAUGAUCUGCAUCACCACUUUAUAGCAUCGGCUGGAGAAUAAACGACUAGAAGUGAACUGCUCGCUGUAUGUACUCUACUUAAUAUAGACUACAGCACCGACAGUGGAAAACCCAAUGAGAAAUGCAUCUAUUGGCUUACGACCAAAAGAAGUGCCUUUUACAUGGAAGAGAAAGGUACCUAUGAGGAGAGAGAGAGAGAGAGAGAGAGAGAGAGACACUGGCCCCGCCCACUUAUUCUGUCACUCGCCCUCUGCCAGCCAGGGCAUUCACGUCAACGUCUGUCAAUCACAGGGCCAGGAACCAAUCCUGGUGCCAGGAAACGAUGUUAGUUCCGCCCUCCCAGACCGGCACUACUGGCACAUGGUGGACCAUGCCCGUAGGUCAUAGGUCACGGUCUGGAGGUGACAGAGGCUCAUCAACGAGCCAGUCGCAGACUGAGGGCGUGGAGUGUCAGUGGAGGGGAUGGACCUAUUGGCAGAGGCGUGAGGUACCGGGCCGGGUCGUUAAGGGUGUUGACAAUCAGAUGAAAGAUGUCAUUCCCUCUGUCACUUUAUUAAGGUUUUGGCAUAUCAUGCAAGUUUUCAAUGCAAGC